AAGCCAAUCUUUCAGUAGAAAUAAUAAAUUGAUUAAUUUUUAUGUGUUUUUAUCCUAAUGAACGGAUUAUAUGACUUUAACUCACCAAAGGAUAUUUUCUCAAUUAUCUAUUUAAUCUAAAUCUUGGAGUGUAUAUGCAGGGAAGAUGACCAAAGAUCGAUUAGCAGCCCUGAAAGCGGCACAGAGUGAUGACGAUGAUGUGCAAGAUGAUGUUGCUGUUAAUAUUGACUCUGGGGGUUUCAUGGAUGAGUUCUUCGAACAGGUGGAAGAGAUACGUGGGAUGAUAGACACUAUAGCGACGAAGGUUGAUGAUGUCAAAAAGAAGCACAGUGCAAUACUCUCUGCCCCUCAGACUGACGAAAAGGUGAAAAGUGAACUGGAGGAACUAAUGUCUGACAUCAAGAAGACAGCAAACAAGGUUAGAGGGAAGUUAAAGGUUAUUGAACAGAACAUAGAACAAGAAGAACAUUCCAACAAAUCUUCAGCAGACCUUAGGAUACGCAAAACACAGCACGCCACAUUAUCACGUAAAUUUGUCGAAGUAAUGAACGAUUACAACGCAUGUCAGAUAGACUACAGGGAACGAUGCAAGGGGCGUAUCCAACGGCAACUGGAAAUCACCGGAAAAACAACAACAAAUGAAGAAUUAGAAGACAUGUUAGAAUCAGGCAAUCCUGCAAUAUUUACACAAGGGAUAAUAACAGAAACACAACAAGCGAAACAGUCGCUAGCUGAUAUAGAAGCCCGCCAUGCAGAUAUCAUGAAAUUAGAAAAGAGUAUAAAGGAAUUACAUGAUAUGUUUAUGGAUAUGGCCAUGCUGGUUGAAAGUCAGGGAGAAAUGAUUGACAGAGUUGAAUACAAUGUUGAACAGUCAGUAAAUUACGUUGAAACUGCCGUUGCGGAUACCAAGAAAGCAGUCAAGUACCAAAGUAGCGCACGAAGGAAGAAGAUUAUAAUCAUGAUCUGCCUCGUCAUACUGGUUGUGGUUAUUUUAUCAACCGUAGGGGGCGUUCUCGGUGUCAAGUAGAGUUGUGUUGAUUAGUAUCUGCUCCCACAAUCAUCGAAUCAAUGUCACAUGGCAGGGAUUCCUAGCGCUGCUUGACAGUACAUGGACACUCAAGUGUAUAUAUUUCACACAGGAAUGCAUGUGGACCUUUGAACAAUAAGAGGACAAUACUUCAUAUGGAUCGCCAAGUACUGUGCUUAUGUAAAUUUAGUAAGGUUUUAUGGGCUUGGGUCUAAUCAGUACUUAGCUGUUGAAUUCCAUGGAGACGUUGGAUUAUGUUUUUACUGUGGAAUCCAAAAUGUGAUUUGUGUCUGGUACAUGUAGAUUUCAUCUCUUUGAAUGAUAUGGUUGAAAGAUAUGUGACUGUAAAUAUUGACAGCAUCAGUUUCCAUCCAUAUCUGUGUGACAGAGAAAUCAAAAUGAAAGUAGAUGCCAAAGAUGGGCAGAGUAACGUGGUGGUGGAUCCCCCCCCCUUCAAGUGGUGUAUUUUUUUCACACAUUUUCUCUAUACUUUGAACAUUUUACAUGUUAUGACCCUUGUUUGCCUCUCCCUAUUUCGUCUGGACCUAAAAAGAAUAUCUCGGAAUGUUUUAUCCUACUGCAACUAACUAUAGGUAGUUUUGGCAUACAUCAAGCUUAGGAACUGCAAGCCUCCUAUGCAAAGAGGUGCAAGAUUGAAAACAGAUCAUUUUUGGAGGUUUUGACACUAUUUGGUCAAAUUGGCUGUAGGGGUUGUUAUUGCUGAUGGGUGGUGUGAUUGAAUAAGGAAAUGUAUCUGAGGUACCUUAGAUAGUCUGCUCCUGGGUGGUAAGGACCACAUUGAGGGAACGGCCCACACUGUUUGAAUCAUAAACAUUUCAUUCUGUCAGCGUCAUAGAAAUCAUGCUGAAUGCGCACAUUGUUAAACUUGUGAUAUUGUUGUCAUCUUGAUGUGGUUAUACUUUAUGGACACAACAAUGAAGUUAGUCAUGAUUAUCUCACCUCAGAUGAAUUGUGGCGAGGUCCAAUUGCAAUCACAUAAUUGUAGUGACCCGAAUCCCAAUAGUUGCUGCCCUGCGAAAACAGCUCGAUAAAGCUAUAAUAAGAUCAUCAACAGUGAAUGGAAGAAACAACCUUUUGUUGAGAUUUUUCAUAAUCGAGUUAGAAAACUUGAGUGUUUCAAGAGCUGUCCUGGUCGACUGUGAAGUGUGUCAGGAGCUGUUCUAGCUGAUAAUACCACUUCUGUAAAGAGUAUACUUUGCAAGCUUUGUCAUAUUGAAGGUCACAACAGCACAUGAUUGACAGCUGUCAUGCUUAGUUUUCUCUAAGCAGCUAAUUGAAUAGGCCCACAUCUGUUGGUACCCGUGGUACAUUUCGCUUCAACCACUUUAGCAUAUUUUCAUAUUUGCCCGGUCCAUGAUAACCCCUAGCAUCAUUCUUUAUGAAUUAAAAUGUUUCUGUCAUAAGUAGGUUUAGAAGUGUCCUGUUGUUAGCAACACUGGACUUGGUAGGCUUAGAAGUGUCCUGUUGUUAGCAACACUGGACUUGGUAGGCUUAGAAGUGUCCUGUUGUUAGCAACACUGGACUUGCUAGUUUAGGAAAUUGUCACUAUUUAUGAUAAUCAACUCACAUGAUUUGCUAAACACACACAGUGGCUUAUUGGCAGAGGCUGAGAUUGGAGAAAUGGCCCGUUAUAUUAAGAACACCCGAGCUAUGGUUUGAUGGUAUGGUAUCAACUUCAGCCUGACUUGAUAUCAUGUAUGAACACGAACUGCACUAUCAUAUCUUACUGGGUGCAGGCUUACCCAUAGGACGGAGUCUAGAGCCUGUUUCUUGUGUGACUCGGACUCCCCUUUCACACGAUCUCACAAGCAGUAAUGUCAACUAUUUCUUCAGCUUCAACUCCUUUUUUCAAGGGAGACAUUGUGUGUGUUUGGACUAACACGACAUAUUCUUUCCCAAUAUUUGGGUCGAAUAGGUUUCAUUUUUAGUAAAAAAUGUAAGAAAUGUAUGCAAGGAUUAUUUUUAUAGUUGAUCAAACUUAGUUUCAUUCAAUGUGACCUUGAACUGAGGGUCACGAUGGUUAUGUGAAGUCAGGGAUGACCUUACAAUAUGAUGACGUUGACCUUUCUCUCGUCACCAUUUCCCUCUCAUCAGUUUAAGCAUUGGACAUCAAAAUGGUUCAGAUUUGGCAGUAAAACACUGGCAGUACUGUAGCCUACUGCUUCAUUCAUAUUUCUUAAUUCAUCACAAUACAGUAGAUUUGUAUGGCAUCAUAAUUUGUACUUUUUGUAUUUUGCCUUUUGAUUCAUUUUUGAGCUGUUCUAAAAGUAUGUUUUUUUCAUCUAAAUCUGGGGCAAGAAGAGGAAACGCGAGUGAAAAUAAGGUGUUUUGAGCAUUCCUGGCAGUUAAAAGAUGACCUGUGCCAUCUGCCCAAACGUCUUGUCAUCUCUGACUUCACAUGUUGUUCAACUUCAGGGCUGACAGUCAUUUCAUCUGAAGCUUCUGUCAAAAGAUUUGGGAGUUUGGGAGGUGUGUUCUGGUCACCAAGUUUAGUCCAUCGUACGCAUGCUAAUCCAUUCUCUUUGAUCGAGGCAUUAAAUCAUGUCACCAUUCUCAUCAUGAGCCUUUGAUGAGAUGUGUCAGCCUUUGAAGAAGUGAGGUGCAGUUGUAGCUGUGUGAUGUCAUGGGCAUGUGCUGGUUGCCAUGCAAACAAUCAAUAGGGACAACAACAAUGGGUCCCAUGGCAAAUGGUUUGACACUUUUUCAACUGUACUUUGAUUUUAAAAGCUAACUUUUUCUCUUUACUUGUUGUAUAACAAGACAAAUGCAUAUCACAUGUGGUAUAUUGUUGGAGCUAGUUUUCAAGAUGUGCACCGAGUAGCUUUAAUUUCCGCUUCUAAAUCUACCAGCCUGCUAUGCAUGAUGUACACUGACCAUAACACAUAACUGCAUGGCUGUCUGGUACCAGAGCCAGCUAUGCAUGAUGUACACUGACCAUAACACAUAACUGCAUGGCUGUCUGGUACCAGGGCCGGCUAUGCAUGAUGUACACUGACCAUAACACAUAACUGCAUGGCUGUCUGGUACCAGGGCCGGCUAUGCAUGAUGUACACUGACCAUAACACAUAACUGCAUGGCUGUCUGGUACCAGGGCCGGCUAUGCAUGAUGUACACUGACCAUAACACAUAACUGCAUGGCUGUCUGGUACCAGAGCCGGCUAUGCAUGAUGUACACUGACCAUAACACAUAACUGCAUGGCUGUCUGGUACAAGAGCCGGCUAUGCAUGAUGUACACUGACCAUAACACAUAACUGCAUGGCUGUCUGGUACCAGAGCCGGCUAUGCAUGAUCACUGACCAUAACACAUAACUGCAUGGCUGUCUGGUAUGUUUGGGUGGAAAUGGCGUCUGGGGCAAUUACUGUUGUGAAUCAUGAUUCAAGACUCUUAUACUCAUUCUUAUUGUACACAAUCAUGGCGGGGUUGAUCCAUGUUUCUGACAUCCCCCUCUGGAUCAACCUGCGGUGUCAUUAAGUGACAUCUUUCAUUGCAAAUACUAAGCUCUAACCUGAUACUCUUGUGGUAGAACCAUCAACAAUACCGAGAGUGUAAGAUUGGAGUUCAGUCAUGCCAACCAUUUUUCAUACCGUUGUUGUCCAUCGUAUUUUACAACCUAGAAGUAACAUUUCUCUAAGUGUGGCUUGUCAUUGAUGUAAGAUUCACCCUAAUGUUUUCCUCAGUUCUUUCACACAAAGCUCUGGUGACAAAAGUUUUGUGAAAUAAUGGCACUUCUUGUGUGAAACGUUAAGGCCAGGUUUACCAAUUAUUUGACUCGACCCUAGAAAAGAGAAAAAAAGGGUUGGUUUCGUGUUUCUAUCAUUCAGUAAAAUGGGCUGCUGAUGCAUUUCCUACAUCACAUCAGAUAUCAUUGCAUCCAAACAUGGUCAACAUUUUUAGCAUACUAAUGGAUCAUCACAACUAAACUCCAACCUAGAUCAUGCCAUCACGUCAGCUGUUGAGCCACAUAACCACUGGCUUCCAUCUACGACAUGACCAAUCUAGAAUUCACAUUCCCAAGUAUGAUCAUUUAGUUCCAAAAUAAUGUCUUAAACGAAGGUUAGGACUGACCUAUCCAGCCAGAACUGACAUAUCAUUUCCCUCUUCACUCGCCCAGACCAUGAGAGGAUUGACCUUUCUACCAGAUAACAGUUAGUUCAGUUCUGUAAUUGUAUUCAGUGCAAUUAUAAACCAUGAUGAGGCGAUUUAUUUCCUGUUUAAGUCUGGAUUUCAUUCUAACACGCUUUUGUGCAACCAUUCUAGUCAAUAGUAAUGCAUUCUAGUCAAUAGUAAUGCAUUCUAGUCAAUAGUAAUGCAUUCUAGUCAAUAUACAGUCAUGACAGUGUUAAUGUUGGCAAUUCUUGGACAUGUUUACAUCGGCGCUGAUCACACAGAAAUGUCCAAACCAAUCUCUCAUAUCCCUCUCGUACCUCGGUCGACUCUGACUGAUCACUGUGACAGAUACCUGUCCUUGCUGCUGCUGUGGUCUGUACCCGAUCUACCCGAGCAACGUCCCGUCAAUCAACUCUUGAACUCGCACUGAAGCCGUAAUGCUGUCCUCAGUAAUGUGUAAUAUCAUUGAGCCUAAAUAGUCAAGUCAAGCACAGAGUUAUUGACCAAAGGUGUAAUUUGCCUGCACUAAACAAUCUCUGUUGCAUAAUGUUACUGAUCACGGAGGAAGACCUUCACCCCUUUAAAGACACUUGAGUCUACACACGUCCCAGCCUGUGUGAUCAGCGCAAGGCUCAUGGUAAAGACACUUGAGUCUACACACGUCCCAGCCUGUGUGAUCAGCACAAGGCUCAUGGUAAAGACACUUGAGUCUACACACGUCCCAGCCUGUGUGAUCAGCGCAAGGCUCAUGGUAAAGACACUUGAGUCUACACACGUCCCAGCCUGUGUGAUCAGAGCAAGGCUCAUGGUAAAGACACUUGAGUCUACACACGUCCCAGCCUGUGUGAUCAGCGCAAGGCUCAUGGUAAAGACACUUGAGUCUACACACGUCCCAGCCUGUGUGAUCAGCACAAGGCUCAUGGUAAAGACACUUGAGUCUACACACGUCCCAGCCUGUGUGAUCAGCGCAAGGCUCAUGGUAAAGACACUUGAGUCUACACACGUCCCAGCCUGUGUGAUCAGAGCAAGGCUCAUGGUAAAGACACUUGAGUCUACACACGUCCCAGCCUGUGUGAUCAGCCCAAGGCUCAUGGCUGGUACUUAUCUCUCAUAUAUUCCGAACGUUGAAGUGUGUAUCUGCCAUCAUGAGUUCACCAUUGCCGUUUAGUUGGUAUAGAUGACACUGCAAAGGUAUCACACAAUGAAUGCAAAUAACCAUGUGUUAUUAGCUAUUACCAUUUGAAUUCUUUUGGUUGUGAGGAGUCUUCAGCUUUGUUCCAGGAGUUUUACCAUGAUGGUUGUGUCAUUUCAAGGUCAAACUGGUACACAUCUGUCCAGGUGAUCAUUUUGGUCAAAUUGGAAAAGUUCAGUGUUCAUUUUCUGCCUCCAGACUUGUUGACACCAACAAACUGGCAAGACAUAUCAUGUUCCUGAUUGAUAUCUCCCUCCUGUUGAAAGCUCCUGGAUCCAAGGUUGGGUAGUUGCCAACUUUUCUUCUGAGGAUGCUUGUUUGUUGAGUUCACCUGGAACCAGGUUGGUUGCAUUCAACCUGUACCCGUAAGCUUCAGGUGGACUUGAAAAGACUGUUAUAUCAAGAUCCUGACAGCCAGGAUGGAGUUGAGCAACACAGGGCUGGUUGCUGUUGCACUAUUUAACAUACUUGCAGUAACGGUUUCAUCACAUCACACCAUAUGACACAUUAUCUUGUUGCAACUCAUGACAUCAUUACUUCUGCCCGCAAUAUCAUUUUAGUCCAGUCACUAAUCGGCCAGCAAUUUCAUCAAAGUCCAGUCAAAUGUUGUGUUGGCACUGUUUCAGCUUCUGUGUUGUGGUACAACCUCCACACAACAAUUGGCUGUCAGGAUCGAGUAAUGUAUUUUGUAAAACUAAAUCUCAGGUCAAAGUUGGACGUCUCUGCCAAUGCACUCCUCCUGAGUAUCCUGUGUACACUGAUCGACCUUCUCCAACUUUGACCCCAGACUGUGGAUACUGAGUUUUGUUUGAUAGUUUGAAAAUAGAACAUGCAGUAUACAUGCAUGUACAACUUCAUUGUCAAGAAUUAACUUUUACAAAAGGUGUUUGUAUUACAACAGAUUUUUAUACUUUAAUAUUUCAAUGGUAAAGCAAGUGUUUCAUGUGUACACUGAUAUGUAAAUGUAGUAGUUGUUUACAUAGUAGCGACUAUUAGAGGCUUUUAUUGAAUUCCUCAUUGUAAGUAGUGUUAAUAAACAAAGAGUACUUAGGAUUUCCUUUGUGGCUGGACGGAUGCACUCUGCGGCAGGGCGGAUACUAUGGAUGUGCAAUGAACCAAUUGAUUAUGGUUGAGGGAAAUCCCCUACUCAAAUACUCACGCCACUUUAUUGCCCAAAUUACUUUAAACCACUCAGGCCUACAGAUAUUAAAGGAGGACCACAUGGAGGCUUUGUGCCGAUAUGUGCCUCAUCACCUCUCAACCUUCACAGCGGGUCACAUCAAUGGUUCCCAUGUAGAUAUCGAGGAUGCACUAAAUCAAAAAUCGAAUAUUUGGCCAAACAAGUGUAUUUAAGUCUCAUGCCUCCCCCAACUUCUGUUCUCUCUCUCUGUUGAAACCUCUACUGAGGUUGCCCCGUAGACCCUGCCGAGCAGA